GCUGCCGACCCUGUUGGUGGGUGUCUGUGGGGCGCCCAGAAGGACUCCGCGGAGGGAGUGCCCCUUUGUUGGGCCUUUGGAGCAGCCUCCACCCCCAUUCCUUGUGCACCACUGCCCAGCAGGGUCUGUGCGGGGCAGGCAGGCGGCCCAAGAAUGUGGUACCGGAUGUGGGGCCCCUGCAAGACUCCCCGCCCUCCUGAGGUCCAGCUCAGGAGGAUGGACACACUGCUCCCUCCCAAGGGUCUGAGGGGCUCUUCUCUGACCUUCUAGUUGCUUGCAGACGUCCCGUCAUGGGGCUGGGUGCCCAUAUCUUGCAGAGGCUGGAGGGCAAGGCCUCAGCCACUACCUGGGGGAGCCUACCUGGCCCACCACCGUGGACUGAGGCCCAGUCACCUCUUGGGUAGGCUGCUGCCCCCAGCGGGAAUGCUGGGUGAUGUCACCAUUAGCUGCAUGCAGGUACCCCCCUGCACGUACAUUAACUUGACCUCUUGAGACAAGUCCCUGGCUGGGAUUCAUACGUCAAGGGCUCCCUGGGGCCUCCUUGGGGGGCUGAUUUUGGAAACUAACCCCAGCCCUGCAUUGGGGGUCACAGGGCCUCAGCGGGCCUGCCCUUCCACAGUCCAAGGGGGUGCUGGUGGGUUGGGAAAACUGGAUGGCCCAAGGAACCAGCUCCUUUUUACUUCUCCCUGUGCUGCGAAGCCCUGGGAACAUCCUGGCCGAGGCCUGGGUGUCACCCCUGCUAGCUGCGGUGUGAACUAGCUGCCUGCGGUGGCCUGGACUCCGCGUUCCCGGUGAGGCCCUGCAUGGGGGUGGCCUUAGGGAUGAUCAGAACGGGCCCUGUUUCCUCUCUGGGUCCCUGGGCUAGGCCGCAGCAUGGCCUGAACCCUGGAUUCCAGGGCUGCAACCCGGGGCGAGGGAGCGCGCUCUGGCCGUCCAGCAGGCGAGGCGUCAGCAGGGAAAGGGCGCCGGCCGCCUGGGCCCCGGGCCGAGGUACGUGCGGCCCGUCCAGGGGAGACUGGGAUCUGCCCUGAGCUUCCGGGCAGAAAUAACCAGGCAGGCCAUCGACCAUCGGCAGGAAUAGGUAGGGGCGCCUCUCCCAGGAGAGCUGCCGCACGGCGGGCCCGGGCAGUCGGGAGGUUGGCACGAGCGCGCAACCUCAGGCACGCCCCGCUGCCCAGCUCCCGGGACCCACGAGGGCGUGGCCGGCCGCUCUAGGCCAGGACCGGAAGUGCCCGGGAACAGCGCCGCACGCGUCGAUGCACUUCCGGUCCUCGCGGCUUCCGGCAAGCGGCGCUGCGGCCCCGGGAACGCGGCGCUGGCCGUUAGCCCUCGAGCAUUCUGGGAGUCGUAGUUCGGCCCCCCAGCCUCCCUCCUGGCCUUAGUCAAUUCCGGCCUCUUCGCGAGAGAGCGCCGUUUCCGGGAGGGAAGACAGCGAAUGCGCAGAGACCACACUCCCGACAGGCCUCGGGAGUAGCGGCCCAGUGACUUGUGGGAAAUGUAGUUCUUCAGGCGCGGAAGCCGCGGCCCUCAGCCGGCAGAGGACUCAGUUUCCCAGAGGGCCGAGCGCGGCGCAAGAUGGAGGCAGCCAGGCCGCGGUGAGCCGCUCUAAAACAGACACCAUUGGCGUUUACUUCGUGUCCCCUUUCCUGGAGUUGUGCCUUCAUUUUGGGAGUCACGCGAGGCCCAGAGGAAUGGAGAUCUUGCCUGUGUCUGACCUGCUGCCGGGCACUCAGAGACACUCCUGGUCUGCCUGGCCUGGUCCUCGCCAGCCACUGAGCCACUGAGCAGAGCCGUGCCUGGCGGGGGCCGUUGCGACCAAGAAUCUUCUCCAGCGCUCGGCCCACCAGCCGUCCAGCACAGGCGCCCAGCAGCCAGGGAGGUGUGGCGUGGCUGGGGGACGCAUGGCUGAGGCAGGGGACGGCCAGCACUCCGUUGGCUCCGGGGGUGCCGCUCUGUCUCCCGACCCCGUCUGCCUCAGCGACUCGGACUCCAACCUCAGCCUGCUCGAUGAUGCUGAAGUGGAAGCUCUGUCUCCAGGGGGGCUGCCCGGGGAGGCCCCAGGGGAUUCGGGCCCCGAUGAGCCCCCCUCGCCCCCCAGGAGCUUCGCCACAGCGGCGGUGCAGCCCUUCCACCUGAGAGGCACGAGCCCCACCUUCUCCCAGCGCAGCCACGACAUCUUCGGCGGCCUGGAGCGGGCAGCCAGGCGGGCUCCGCCCUCUGCGGCCCCAGCCGGCCCUGGCGACAGUGGGGGCUUCCGGCAGCCGCUGACACUCUCCAGCCGGCCUCCAGCCGGGGGCCCGAGCAGGGCCACUCAGAAUCCCGCUCCCCUGAGGGUGCCCCCCGUUCCUGACUACGUGGCCCACCCCGAGCGCUGGACCAAGUACAGCCUGGAGGGUGUGGCUGAGGCCAGCAAACAGAGCAACCGGGCCGCCGCCCUGGCCUUCCUGGGCCCCCAGAGCCUGGCCACCCCCAGCGGCUACGUGCCCUCCUUCAACCAGGACCCCUCUAGCUGUGGGGAGGGCCGGCUCAUCUUCUCCAAACCGGUCCGAACCGGCGAGGCCCGGCUUGAGAAGAGGAGGGUCCCGAGGAAGGCAGGGGAGCCGGGUGGGAGCCCCCGCGGGAUCCCGGGGGCGGCGGGGGGUGAGGGCCCCGUGGAGCUGGCCCACCUGGCCAGGCCCGGGAGCCCGGAGGCCGAGGAGUGGAGCAGACCCCGGGGGCACCUGCAGGAGGUGGGUGCACCCGAGGGGGAGGCCCUCGCGGGGUCUGGGGCCAGCGCCCUGCCAGGGGAGGCGGUGGGCUUCCACAGCAGCAGGAAGCGGAGCAGGGACCACUUCCGGAGCAAGGGCAGCAGCCCCGAGGCCCCAGGCGCGGAGGUCUGAGCGGGGAGACCGCCUGGCCGCCUGCCUGCCCUGGCUGAGCUGGAGGGACGGCCACCACUGUCCCCCCGGGGUGGCUUCAGGGGCAGAGCAGGCCCGGGGCCCAACCCCCAGGGAAGGGAGCCAGCGGGCUGCCUGUCGGUGGCACCAGCGGCCAGGGCAGAGACCUUGCUGAGGGUGUGGGCCAGGGGUUGGCGGAAACCCUGACUCACCCCGUGCCCAGGGGGACAGUAAAGGCUCUGGGUGUU